AACCAUGCUCCGGGCGGUGAGCAGCCAGGUGACGCGAGGGCUCGCGCGAGCUGUCCACGCAACCCAGCUCGUCCGUGACACCUCUGACCUUCCGAAGGAGCUUACCAUGCAUACAGGGGAUGCCGAUCCGCAUCCGAUGGAGCGGACUAUGGAGGGACUCAAUGUAGUGGCCGGUCAGCCUGAUCCUCCACUCAAGCCCGACUCGGAGUACCCGGACUGGCUGUGGGAGCUGUCGACAGAGAAGGCCGAGUUCUCGCCUGAGGAUGGCGGAAAGUACUUCCGCCAGCAGCGCCGGAGAGGCAUCAAGCAGCACAACGUCGACCAGCAGUACGCCAAGGUCUGAUCGCCCUGUGCUGAACUUGUGGGCGCCAUCACUCUGCGCUCUCGCCGUCUUGCCUUUGGCAGCUAACGCUGAGCGCAAACCCAUCGUCCGUGACAACCUCGAGCGGCACCGACGGCGCAUCAUCGCGGGCUGAACGACAAGCAGCCGAGCUCGUGGCAGAGCUCGGGAGCCGCGACCCGCGCGGCGCGCGAACAGAUGGUAAAAUCCAUGCCGAGAGGA